GCCGAGUAUAAAAUCAGUGUGUCGGAAGUGAGUGAAAGCGAAAUCUCUUCCACAGCUCUACGUUAACAAGUGAACUCCAAGUAUCAGRAUGUGGAUACUAGUACUAGUACUAUUCAGUGUCGUGGUAGCACUUCUGUCAUAUUUGGACAUGAGAAAACCAAAAAACUAUCCACCAGGUCCAAAAUGGUUACCGGUUUUGGGAAGUGCCCUUACUGUUAAUUCGCUUAGGAAACAAACCGGGUAUUUGUAUCGUGCUACUAUUUGUCUAGCGGAAUCGUAUGGACCAAUUGUUGGUCUGAAAGUCGGAAAAGAUAGACAAGUGGUUUGCUGCGGAUAUAAUGCAAUCAAAGAAAUGUUGACAAAAGAAGAAUUCGAUGGACGACCACAAGGGCCAUUUUAUGAGACUAGAACAUGGGGAACACGAAGAGGUCUUCUAUUGACUGACGAAGAAUUCUGGGUAGAACAACGAAGAUUUGUAUUGCGUCAUUUACGAGAAUUCGGUUUUGGAAAAAGAACAAUGGCUGAACUUGUACAAGAAGAAGCCGUUCAGUUAGUCGAGGAUUUUAAAGAAAAAAUCAACAAGUCUAAAAAUGGGAAAGGUGAAGUGUUUGAAAUGAGAGAUGCUUUCAGUGUAGGAGUCUUGAACACAUUAUGGUCAAUGAUGGCCAGCAAAAGAUACAAUGCAGAUGACAUCGAACUAAAAAAUCUACAAGCUUUGUUAACUGAACUUUUUGCUAAUAUCGAUAUGGUAGGUGCUUUGUUUAGUCAAUUCCCGUUUUUAAGAUUUAUUGCACCUGAAGCAUCUGGAUAUAAAUCUUUUGUCAAUAUCCAUCAACAAGUAUGGAAAUUCCUCAAAGCAGAACUCGAUGGUCAUAAGGAAACGUUUAUUUUAAACCAACCAAGAGAUUUGAUGGAUGUCUAUUUACAAAUGCUACAUUCAGAAGACAAAAAAGAAAGUUAUUCAGAAUCUCAGCUCUUAGCUAUCUGUAUGGAUAUGUUUAUGGCUGGAUCAGAGACUACCAGCAAAUCUUUAGGAUUCGGUUUCCUGUACUUACUUCUAAACCCAGAAGUUCAGAAGAAGGCUCAAGAGGAAAUCGAUAGAGUGGUUGGUCGAGACCGACUUCCUACUUUAAACGAUAGGCCUAAUAUGCCCUAUCUAGAGGCCCUCGUUUUGGAAUCAGUCAGAGUAUUUAUGGGCCGAACUUUCAGCAUCCCACAUAGAGCUCUGAAGGAUACGACAUUGCAGGGUUAUUAUAUUCCUAAAGAUACAAUGGUGAUUGCUAAUUUUGCAGCAUUACUUAAUGACGAUGACGUAUGGGAUAAUCCAGAGAGAUUUGAGCCAGAAAGAUUCAUUGGUUGCGAUGGAAAAUUAAUUGUUCCAGACGAAUACUUGCCAUUCGGAUACGGUAAACAUCGUUGUAUGGGACAAACGCUCGCUAGAUCAAAUAUAUUUUUAUUCUCUGCAUGCUUAUUACAAAACUUUAAUUUCUCAGUACCCGAUGGUCAAGAACCGCCAAGCACUUUAGGAGUUGACGGAGUAACUCCUUCACCUGGAGAAUUCAAUGCUUACGUUAGUCUCCGAUCGUGAUAAUACUUUGACCUUAAAUCAAAGACAGAAUUGCAUUUUAAAUAUCCUUAUUUUUACAUACUUUUUUAUAAUAAUAGAUUAUACCACUAGUAUAGUUGAAAUAUUAACGUAUACUAUUGUAUGGUUAAAUGACUGAAUGAUUUUACAACCGAACAAUAUAAUAUUGUAUGGUCUACUACGAUUUCUGAAUCUAAAAAUAUAUUUUAUAAUUUUAAUUAUAAUAUGUGUAGAUAGUAAUAAAUUGUAAUGUUUUCUAUUAUAUAAUUUACAAUGUGUAUUUGUUAAAAAAGAAAUGUGAUUAAUUAGGUGUGUUUAUAGGUAUAUAAUCAAGUAUAAGCUAUAUCAUCUAUGUCUAUAAUCUAUAGGUAUACUCAAUAACUAUUUCUUUAU